AUGACCAAGAGGAAGGAUGACAGGGUGGUUGGGGGAAGUGCUCGGCGGGAUCGAUUUGUGAUGAUCGAAGACGGCAUGCUGAAGCGAGACCCGCUUCGCGCCGUUGUCUUCGAUUUCCUCUGCAGUUGCGCCGCACGCUGGCAGAUGUGGCGAACCACACAACCGCGGUGCUGGGAGAGAGUUAUGAUGUGUUCCAUUGUGGGGUGGUCGAUCAUCCUCUCAUCGCGAUCGGGAGUCGUGGUCAUCAUGGAAUGUUCUCUGCAGAUGCCCGAUCGGGCUCUCACGACUUACCGUCAUCCGCCUCUCCCCCGCCCCAUCGCUGCAAUUCUCCGUAUGCGGUGCUCGUACUCUGUGCGGUUGCCUGUUGUCCCAUUGAGCCAUUUCUAA